AGAAGGAGGCGGCUUGCGGUGUCUGGUGCGGUCCGCUCAAGUUUUCUAAAAAAAAAAAAUAAUAAUCUUCGUUGUUUGCAAGCCAGCUGCAGGUCCACUGCGAUGUCUGUCAAACACAACUGCUCCUUAUUCGACACAUUCUCAGCUGGAUAAUCCCGAGCUGGCGUUUGGAUCAGGGUUCUGCUCCUGUUGUGUUUGUGUAGGUAGACAAAUCAAUUCAUCGGAUCAGUGAGGACCGGGUUCAGUUUCUGUGGACUUGAAGACUAUUUCUUGACUUGUUUCCUUUUUUGGGAGCUGUAAGGAGCAGCCGGUGCAGCAAGUAGUCUCACUGUGGACUGGAAGUGGAGACAGGACACACACACACACACACACACACACACGUGUUAUCCUCCUUCCUUCCUCCGGCUGCGGACGCAUCGACCCCCCGGCGCUCUCUGGAUAAAAGUAGCUUUUUUCUGUUUGGGGAUUUGGUUUAAAACAGAGAGUCUACAGUAGAAAGAGGCAGACAAUAUGUCGCUAAGCAGAAGUAUUGAAUUUGAACACUUUGAGGAGCGGGAGAAGCCGCACCGGAUACCGAGGACCAACUCUGGCUCCGGGUCCCAGUCAGGUUCCAGAGGCAACGGUCUGGUCCCCAGCCCUGCGCACAGUGCGCACUGUAGUUUCUACCGCACACGCACUCUCCAGUCCCUCACGUCCGAGAAAAAAGCCCGGAAAAUGCGGUUUUAUCGCAAUGGAGACAAAUAUUUUAAGGGUAUGGUGUAUGCGGUGUCUAACGACCGGUUCCGGUCUCUGGAUGCUCUGCUCAUGGAGCUCACACGGUCCCUGUCGGACAAUGUCAACCUUCCUCAAGGAGUACGGACGUUAUACGCGUUGGAUGGAGGCAGGAAGAUCACCAGUCUGGAUGAGUUAGUAGAGGGCGAGAGUUACGUGUGUGCCUCGAAUGAGCCCUUCCGGCGUGUGGACUACACCAAGAACGUCAACCCCAACUGGUCAGUGGGCAGCAAGACCGGCACAUCACGCUCCCUAUCCUCUCUCAUCCCACUGAAGAAUGAGCUGCAACGUGAGUCCAAGGAAUUCAUCAAACCCAAGCUAGUCACCGUCAUCCGCAGCGGUGUCAAACCCCGCAAGGCGGUUCGGAUACUGCUCAAUAAGAAGACGGCGCACUCCUUCGAGCAGGUGCUCACUGACAUCACAGAUGCAAUCAAGUUGGACUCUGGAGCUGUGAGGAGACUGUACACUUUAGAGGGCAAGCAGAUAACCUGCCUGCAGGACUUCUUCGGGGAAGAUGAUGUGUUUAUAGCUUGCGGCCCAGAGAAGUACCGCUAUGCCCAGGACGACUUUGUGUUGGAUCACAGUGGUAAGGCUUCCAUGGCCUUUAUGACUGAAUGCAGAGUGCUGAAGUCGUCGCACAGCCGCUCUGCUACUCCAAACCGGACAGCUAAGAGCCCCGGACCAUCACGACGCAGCAAGUCUCCUGGAGCAAGGCAAACUGUCCACUACUCCACCAGUCAGUCUCCAAUUAAAUCCCCAGUAAACGGUGUCUCAAGCAGCCAGAUCUCAACUCCAAGGUCCACCAAGUCCUCCACUCCGUCUCCCACCAGCCCCCGACCACUCGCCAGUUUUAAGAUCCCUCCAUCGCAUCAGGUCUCCUCACCAAACUUAAAUGGCUCGUUGAACAACCACCAGGAUCAAACCAAUCGACUGAGUCCAGAGGUUAACGGUAACCGCUACCUGCCUGCCACCACCAUUUCGGAAAAAUACAAUGUUGGCAAGGUCAUCGGAGAUGGCAACUUUGCCGUGGUCAAAGAGUGUGUGGAGAGGUCCACGGGAAAAGAGUUUGCACUGAAGAUCAUCAACAAGGCCAAGUGCAGCGGAAAGGAGCAUCUUAUAGAGAAUGAGGUUGCAGUGCUGCGGAAGGUGAAACACCCCAACAUCAUCAUGUUGAUAGAGGAGGUGGACACUUCCUCUGAACUCUACCUGGUUAUGGAGCUUGUCAAGGGAGGGGAUUUAUUCGAUGCCAUUACCUCCUCGGCCAAAUAUACAGAGAGAGACGCCACUGUCAUGGUGUACAAUCUCGCUGGAGCUCUGAAGUACCUGCACAGCCUCAACAUCGUCCACAGAGACAUUAAACCGGAGAACCUGCUGGUGUUUGAGUAUCCAGAUGGCACCAAGUCACUGAAACUCGGGGACUUUGGCCUCGCCACAGUGGUGGAAGGACCUUUGUACACCGUAUGUGGAACUCCUACAUAUGUGGCUCCAGAAAUCAUUGCUGAGUCAGGUUAUGGUCUGAAGGUGGAUAUCUGGGCUGCAGGUGUCAUCACCUACAUUCUCCUGUGUGGCUUCCCUCCAUUUAGAAGUGAGAGUAAUAUGCAAGAGGAUCUGUUUGACCAGAUCCUCCUGGGGCGUCUGGACUUUCCCAGUCCUUACUGGGACAACAUCACUGAUUCAGCCAAGGAGCUGAUUGGACAGAUGCUGCAGGUCAACGCUGAGGCUCGAUACACAGCACAAGACAUCCUCUCCCACCCCUGGGUCACGGACGACGCAGUCAUGGGGAACAACAUGAAGAUGGAGGUCACAGGUAAACUGAAGACGCACUUUAACACUGCGCCUAAGCACAACAACACCACGGCUGGGGUGUCAGUCAUCAUGAACACAGCUCUAGAUAAGAAGACCAUCCAGCUCACCACCCGUCGUCGUCCAGGGCCCCAAACAGUGCCAUGUCCACUACAGUCGACUGGCAAGAAAGUCCUACCUGCCCCUCCAGUCAAACUGGCCUCGCCAACAAAGUCAGGACUAGCCUCUCCAACCAAAUGGGCAUCACGCGCCAAAGAACCAAAACCUGCAAAGCUGCCGUCACCCACCAAGACCGGGAGGACUGCUGCGCCUGGUGCUACAUCCACCUCUAACGCUCCUUACUCUCAUUCCACCACUGACAGUGUUGAUUUUCCUCCCUCUGCUCCUGUCAGUUCACUUAAUUUCUCCCCUUCACCCAUUGCUGAAACGUUCCCCAUCACCUCUUUGUCCGUUUCCGUCCCUCCUGAAAUAAGAACAUCACCUACAUCACCCUCCGCCGCUCCCUGCUUAUCUCUAGAAACUCCCUCACCGUCCGGCCCCACUCCUCCUUUCACCUACGUAACUCCCUCUACACCUGUCUCCUGUCCUUCCCCAUCAUCUCCAACCAAAUCAGCUCAAACCUUCUCUUCUCCCACCAAACCAUCUUAUUUUUCUCCCUCUUCUCCCACCAAACCAGGUUCUUUUUCUCCCUCUUCUCCCACCAUACCAGCUUCUUUUUCUCCCUCUUCUCCCACCAAACCAGCUUCUUUUUCUCCCUCUUCUCCCACCAAACCAUCUUAUUUUUCUCCCUCUUCUCCCACCAAACCAGCUUCUCUUUCUCCUUCUUCUCCCACCAAACCAGCUCUUUCCUUCUCUCCUACCAAAGAGGCAACGUCCCUAUCUUCUUCUCCCACAAAACAAGCUUCUCCCUCCCCAGUCUCCCCCAUCCAACCUGCUGUAUUCUUCCCUCUCUCUUCCCCAACCAAACAAGAACCUUCCUCCCCUUCUCCCAUCCAUCCAACCCUGUUUCCCUCUCCUCCUUCUACUCCUCCCAGAUCCACAACCCCGCCCUCUCCCACUGGCCCUCCUUCUCCUCCCAGCCCUCUACCAGCUGAAGAGCUUAUGGAUAAGAGUUAAACGGCAGGUCAGUUGUGUAGCCAAUGUCACCCCUCUCACUCCUUCUCUUUACAUGUAUGUAUGAGAAAACAUGGGAUGAGGAGGUUAAAACUCCACCUCGAGCAUCUCCAGUAGCUGUAACCUGAGCCAGUGACUGCUGUGUCCACAUUUUCUUCUCAUUCUUAAGCCACUCAUUUUCAGAGACGAAGGAUACAAGGCAUUUUCUAAGAGUUUGUCGAUUGUAUAUUUGUUUGUAUUUAUUAAUAGAGGAUGCAGAGAAGGGAAUUAACUGAAUAUAUCACUGUUCUGAGUGGUUUGUCUUUGGAAAUCAUGUGUUACUACAGUAUACCACGUUAAUGUGAAUUCUUUCCUUUAUUUAUUAUCCCAUUUUGGCUGCCUGUGGCUCUUUUGUAGAUAGUUUCAAUACACACACACACCAUUGUGAACUCCUGUUGCUUUGGUAUAGAGACCGUAUGUCCAUAAUACAAGUAUUUCAGCAUAUCAGACAUCUGAACUUGCUAGCCUAGCUACCUGCAGUGUAAUCCAACUACUGAAUAACUACUAUCAGUAUGUUCUCUGACCACAGCCAUCCCGAUGGUAACCGCACAUUUACUGUUAAACUUAAGAUUCCUGUUAAUAUAUACAAGUACAGUGGGUUGACAAAAUAAAUGUAAUACCUACCAGAGUAGCUAUCCAAACAGAUUUACUUGGAGAUUCUGUGCAUUUGCAAUAAUGCCUCGAAAUAAUGCAUGUAAAAGUGGCAAUAAUCAGACAUAAAUGGCUUUUCUCAUUCAAUUUAAAGGAUAUGUUCAUCCAAAUUACAAAAAAAAACAUCUUCUCUGUCACCUCUUGUGUAGUGGUUCCAAAAGUUUUUGGCUAAUAAACUGCAUACGUCUCUGCAUUGUGGCCAUUUCAACCAAAGAUUCAAAUUGUAUCAUUUAAAUAAGACUAGGGGCCUGAAAACUAUCCAUUAAUCCAUAAGCACAAAUCAAACAUCAAGACAAAUCCGAAGAAAUAAACACAAUUUUGUGUGUUUUUCUGCUUUCCUAUCCCGUUAAUCAUGACCCCACCUCUCAGAUUUAUCUUGUGACCCAUGGGAGUGGGGUUCCCUCCACCAUUUUAGAGAAACCUCUCCAGAUACUAAUAAAAGUGAGGUGAAAGUUCUGUCUAUCCAUAGUAUCUUAAUUGUUUUAUUAUUUAUUUUUAAUUUGGAUGAACUGACCCUUUAACAUCACUUGCCUGAGUGUCUGCCUUUGGAAUAAGUAAAUAAGUCAGUUUGGUAGAUUAUGUUGUGAACCCACUGUAACUGGCACAUUCAUCCACAGACUGUAUGUAUUAUUUGAAGUAAACAUUUUAGUUGUACAUAGUGUGAAGAACCUUAGUUGUGAACCUGAAACUUGAAGGAUUGUUUUUUGGUGUGUGUAUGUCUGAGCAGUCAUAACUGCUGUACAUAGAAAUAGAGAAAAUAGAUCCAACAGACAUGAAACCAGGUUUGUUUCUAAAGAACUGAACUGCUACAACGACAAUACUGCACAGACAGGACACACAUUUAUCAGUUGAUUUAGUUGCCACUGACAAUGCUAUACUGUGGGUUGCAUGAAACUCGUCACUGUUCCUUCAAACAAUGGUUUUUGAUCUGUUGGAUUUAUAUGAAUGAAUGAAUGUGUUGUCAAGGUGACGGGUUUGUGCCUGACCACUAGCUAACAGCUCAUAGCUUAAAAGAUGCCUUUAUCAAAACCAGCUCGGCGGAAAAAUGGGGUUUUAAAAUGUGCAUCCUAAAAUAAGUGAUUUGUUUUUUUGUGUUUUACCUGUUUUAAACUCCACAGCAUUUAUCCCAGCUGGUGUUAGUAGGGCUUUCUCCUAGUGGUUCAACAUGACUCUUUACCUCUCUUCAGGACUUUCAGCUGCAUGCAUACUCCUCUCUCCCCACUUCCUGCCUCCCUGUAAGACAAAAUCUUCACACAUACACAAACUCAAGUUGGUACAUAAUGUCAUUUAGCUUCCUCCUAUGUAUAUGUAGUUAAAUUAGAUUUUCAUAAGCAGUUUGUAAAGGGAAAUUUGUAUGAAAAGACAGUUUUAAAACAGGAAUCAUCUGUGUCAAACUGGAGUAAUGUUUUUUUUAGGCAUAGAGUGGCUGCUUUUAAUGUCCUACAGCAAAAAAUUAAAAUGCAAUAAAGACUUCAAAUGA